AUGUCGAAAGAUACAACUACAGUCAGUUUAGACGUGAUUCUAAAAGAGUUGGGACCAUUUGGAACGUAUAAUAUCGUGAAUUAUGCUCUUUUAUUAAUACCAUGCUAUUUGGCGGGAAUGUACGGAUCAGUGUUCGUAUUCGAAGCUUUGGAUAUAGAUUACAGAUGCAACAUCGUCGGCUGCGAUGGAAUCACCAACGAUACCUCGUGGCUUCAGUUCGCCAUUCCACAGUUAAAGACUGGACACUCAAAAUGCUCAAAAUAUUCUUUCACCAGUAAUUUUAAACGUAGUAAUAAAAAUUGUGAUUCAAAUUCUUUUAAUACUUCUGUACAAGAGAAGUGCUCUUCUUUUAUAUAUAAUGGUGACUCCGUGGUCAGAGAUUUUAACUUGGGCUGUGAAAAUUGGAAGAGAACUCUGAUCGGCACGUUUCACAAUGCAGGCCUUUUCAUCUCCCUACCACUAACUGGUAUCAUAUCCGACAAGUAUGGGAGAAAACUGGCUUUAUCUGUAGCGGCCCUUAUGAAUGGUAUAUUUGGUUUGCUGAGAUCUUUCUCUGUCAACUAUUACAUGUUGAUUACGUUAGAAUUUAUGGAGGCUGCGUGUGGAGCAGGGGCCUAUACCACUGCUUUUGUGUUAGCUAUGGAACUCGUACGUCCUAAGGGCAGAGUCUUUGGGAAUACAUUAAUAAAUGUAGUUUUUGUAUUCGGAUUAAUGUCACUAGCAGGACUGUCUUGGUUACUCAAGGAUUGGCGAACAUUAUUGAGAGUCAUGUAUACUCCUUCUUGCUUUAUUUUCUCAUAUCUGUGGAUUCUGAAUGAAAGUGUACGAUGGCUUCUCAGCAAAGGCAGAAACGAAGAAGCCUUAGAAAUUUUGCAAAAGGCUGCAAAAAUGAAUAAAAUAGAGUUAUCAGAUCAAGCACUUGCCCCAUUAAAUGGACCAGAAAAAGAAACUUUAGAUGGUCAAAAGAUUGAGAAUGCUCCUGGACAAAAUAAGGUUGAAGAAACAUCCGUAUUCAUGAGAGCAGUGAGAUCAAGUAUCAUUAGAAAAAGAGUAAUGACAUGUUCCUUUUUAUGGAUAACAUGCACUUUUGUUUACUAUGGAUUAAGUAUAAAUUCAGUUUCAUUAGCUGGAAAUGUUUAUGUGAAUUUUAUGUUGGUGUCUUUUAUUGAGAUACCAGCGAAUUUCUGCUGUCUAUUUGUGUUGGACAGAUUUGGAAGGAAAAAAGUUUUAAUAACCACUUAUAUAUUAAGCGCUAUUCUGUGCAUCAGCUUAUCGUUCCUGCCAAAAGAUUUAAACUGGUGGCGUCUCAGCAUUUAUUUAUCGGGCAAAUUUUCAAUCACUGUCGCUUACAGCUCUGUCUAUAUCUACGUAUCUGAAGUCUUCCCAACGAAUGUUCGACAAUCUUUGCUAGCAAUAUGCUCGUCAACUGGGCGAGUUGGAUCUACCUUGGCACCCCUUACCCCAUUAUUGGCUUUGUACUACGAAAACCUACCUUCAAUUUUCUUUGGCACCUUGGCUAUCGUAGCUGGUAUCUUCGUCUUCACAUUGCCAGAAACCUUGAACCAGCCUUUGCCGGAUUCGAUAGAGGACGCCGAAAGAUUAAAUAGAGAAAAACAAGAACAAAAACUUAUUGCGUAG